AUGUCGCUCCCUACCGGUACCCCUCCCACGAUGCUGUCCGUGAAUCCGCCGUUUCGCCACGCGCACGUGGGCUCGUUCCUUCGUCCCGCGUCGAUCCACACCGCGCGCUCCUCGUUUGCCGCCGGCUCGAUUAGCGCCGCCGAGCUGCGGACCAUCGAAGACCGGGAGAUCGCGUCGCACGUGCACGAGCUGCUCGAAAACGGCGUGCAGGAGAUCACCGACGGCGAGUUUCGUCGCGAGUACUUCCACCUCGACUUUCUGAAGCACAUCGAGGGGAUUACGAUCAGCAAGAACACGCUGGAGCAGAAGGAGGGUAGGGUGCCCCCGACGCUGAGUGUGACGGGGAAGCUGAGGCAUACGCACGAUAUCGAGGUGGACAACUUCAAGUUCCUCCAAAGCCUCGUCCCCGCGUCCGAGGUCAAGAGGAUCAAGAUCACCAUCCCCAGCCCGACCAUGUGCCACUUCCGAGGCGGACGAGCUGCGAUUAGUUCGGAGGCGUACCCUGAUUUGGAGGAGUUCUUUAGCGACCUUGCGGCAGUGUACAGGACCGAAAUCGCCGCACUCUACGCCGCGGGUUGUCGAUACAUCCAGCUGGAUGAUACGAAUCUGGCGUAUCUUACCGAUGAGACGAUGCGAAGUCAGGCGGUAUCUCGAGGCGAAGACCUGGACAAGCUCCCCCUGGAUUAUGCGAGACUGAUCAAUGCGAGUCUGGCAGAGAAGAAGGGCGACAUGGUGGCGGCAAUCCAUCUGUGCAAGGGCAACUUCCGAUCGCAGUUCUUCGCCCAGGGCAGCGAAGAUGGAUACAACCCCAUCGCCAAGGUCCUCUUCCAACAGCUCAACGUCAACGCAUUCUUCCUCGAGUGGGAAGACUCUCGUUCCGGCAAGGACUUUUCUGCGCUUCAACACCUUCCUCCUAACAAGGUGGUGGUGCUCGGACUGGUCUCGUCGAAACACGCAAAGAUGGAGAGCAAGGAGGAGCUGGUCAAGAAGAUCCACGAUGCUGCAGCCGAGAUCAAGCGCGAUGGUGCACUGGCGCAGUUGGCGAUCAGUCCACAGUGCGGAUUCAGCUCCACGGUCCAUGGAAACGAGAUCACCAAACAGACCCAGUUCGAUAAGUUGAAGCUCUGCAGGGAGGUCGCACAGCUCGUCUGGAAGGAUACCGUCUAA